AUGAUGCUCCUGUUUUCGCUAGGCAUGGUCUUUCUGUUCAGCUGGAACUGGGGUAAGUUCUGGGGCUUCAAGGCCACUAACGUUCUAUGCUAUAAAUGUAAAAAUUAUCAUCUUGGACAUUGCUAUGGAGUCAUGGAUAUCUGUUUCCUGAAUUACAAACAAUCCUGUGCUACAGAGAACAUUUAUAUACUCACAAGCAAAGGUCGAAGUAUGUACUAUCGUUCGAAACUGUCAUGUAUGACCAACUGCGAGGACAUCAACUUUCUGGAUUUUAACAAAAAGACAGAGCUCAUUUGCUGUAAACAUAACAACUAUUGCAACCUCCCUGUGGGACUCUAGUUCUCCAUCUCCCUGGCCUUGGGGUCCUUCUUUAACUACCCUCUCUACUUCCUUCCCAAAACCUGUACUUUGUUUCGUUCUUCUCUCCUAACCAAUGGUAGGAAAUGAAAAAGUCAGCUGAAAAUGGAAAGAUGAGCAGUCAUAGGAGAAACAAGGGUAGGCCAGCUGAGGCCAGUUCAAACACUAGACCAUGUCUUUGAACAAGUUAUCUUGGUCACAUCUGGUAGGGGGGUUUGGAUUUCGCAUGUUUCUGCUGCUGUGAAUAGUCUCAUACUUGGUUAUUUAUUAUCUCUAAUAUGAAACUGCAAAUUGCUGAGCCAAAAUAAUACUAAAUUUACAUUGAGAAUUCUGUGACAAUAUUCUUGUGUGCACUCACUUCCUUGGGGUUGGGACUUGGGUUCAGAUUCUCUCAGGAUUAACCCUAUGGCUUACCAGCAUAGUGCUUUUGUCCAUGGGUUCUGGAAGUAGGGGAGAACUAAUCCCACCUUUCUAGUGAGACCCAACACUUGGUCUUGUUAGUUUGAAUUGUAGAGAUAAUCAGCCAAACAGGAGCUGCUUCGUUCUAUGGGCCUCAGAUGAUAAAUAGCUGGCCCUGUUCCUCAAGGUAGGACUGA